AUGGCCGCCGAGAAGAGGACUCGAAGAAAGUCAUUCAAGUGCAGCACCUGUAAAAAGGCUUUUAAUGCAAAGUCAGCUCUAAAUGUGCACAUGAAAAUUCACAGUGAACAGAGGCCCUACAAGUGUAGCCAAUGUAACAAGUGCUUUAAACAAGCACCAGUUUUAUACCAGCACCUCAGGGUACACAGUGAUGAGAGACCCUACAAGUGUAGCCAAUGUAACAAGUGCUUUAAACGAGUAACUGACUUAAACCAGCACCUCAGAGUACACAGUGAUGAGAGGCCCUACAAGUGUACUCACUGUAACAAAUAUUUCCGACAAUCAUCUCACUUACAAAACCAUCUGCUGAUACACAGUGGAGAAAAACCGUAUAAAUGUACUCAGUGUGACAAGUGUUUCAGAUGGUCAACAGAUUUGAAAAGGCACUUGCUAAUACAUACCAAUGAGAGGCCCUUCAAAUGUGCUCAGUGUAAAAAAUGUUUCCGACUAUCAUCUCACCUGCAAGACCAUCUGCGGAUACACAGUGGAGAAAAACCCUACAAAUGUACUCUUUGUGAAAAAUGUUUCCGAUGCUCAUCUCACUUGCAAGAUCAUCUGCGGAUACACAGUGGAGAAAGACCUUACAAAUGCACGCAGUGUGACAAGUGUUUCAGAGGGUCAUCACAUUUGAAAAGACACUUGUUAAUACAUACUAAUGAAAGGCCCUUCAAAUGUACUCAGUGUGAAAAAUGUUUCCGACUAUCAUCUCACCUGCAAGACCAUCUGCGGAUACAUAGUGGAGAAAGACCCUUCCAGUGUACUCAGUGUGAUAAAUGUUUCACCCGGAAACAGACACUGUUUUAUCACAAAAGAAAAUACCAUUCUGAUUCACCGCACAAAUGUGAAUCAUGUGGUAAAUCUUUCACUGAUGACAAUGCUUUGAAGAGGCACGAUUGCGAGAAACGAUCUGCUAGAGACAAGGAAAGAUUCACCUGCUGGAUGUGUGAUGAAUACUGCUAUGAUCAUUGUGGAUAUCUUUAUCACAUGUAUAAACACAUGCAAGGAUAA